AUGAGCACAAACAUUAGCGAAGCAAGUAGCCGGGCCAAGGAGCUUGUGUCCAAGAACGAGAGCCAACAAGCAUACCAAUGCCUCACAGACUGCCUUGUUGCGCACAACAUCCUUGUCCCUGACCUGACCAUGGAGCUCCUCACUAUGACUAGCUCGGGGGCCAUGGAACGUCAGCACGCUCUGGAUACCUUUGCCGCUGCGCUCGUCACUGCUCGUGCUGCUGGCGAUCAGGUCCAGGAGGGCAUGGUCCUCUCGGGUUUGGGCUUUUCCCUUCUUCGGAGUUCCGGGUCAGAUUUGGAGCUGGCUGUUGCUGCUCUCCAGCGUGCCUCGGAUCUUGCCGAAGAGGCGGGGAAUGCCAUGGGCGUCGCCAUCGUCGCCCCCAUGCUCGCAGAGGCGAAGCAGCUGCUGGCUGCUGGCGUGACGAAGAGUGCUGCCGCUGCCGGGGGAUGCUGCGGUGGAAGCAGUGGUGGUGGAUGUGCGUGUGCUGCUGCUGGCGGAUCGGGAGGCGGCUGCGGCUCCGCCGAUCCGGCUCCGCCGCCGUAUCCGGGCGCAGAGGCCGUGGUCGAUGAGGCCAAGGCCAAGGCUGAUGCCGCGAGUGCCGUUGCCAAGUCGCUGGCCACCCAUGCCGUUGUCGUCUUUGCUGAUGGGCUCUCGUCAGCCGUGGCAAUCAUCGCGGACGCCCAUGUCCACACAGUGGCGCCCGACUCGCACGAGGCGGCCGCCGUCGUCGAAUUGCUCCCACCGGGCCUUGGCCUCGCUGACGCCGUCUUUGUCGGCGGCAAGCCGCGGUCUCUCGAGUCGUGGUCGGCGCUUUCCGUGGACGAUGCCGUCGCUGCCGUGGAGGCCGCCGAGCUCGAACGCCAGGCCCGGAUCGACGGCGACAUCGCCGCCGUCAUUGCCUCGGCGCCGCGGAUGCUGUUCAUGAAGGGCACGCCCGACCGCCCGCGGUGCAAGUUCUCGCGCAAGUGCGUCACCGCUCUCGCCGACGCCGGUAUCGACUACGCCUCCUUUGACAUCCUCUCUUCGUGGGAUGUCCGCCACCGGCUCAAAGCCUACUCGGGCCUUGCCACCUUUCCGCAGUUCUGGGUCGACGGUGCACUCGUCGGCGGCACCGAGGCCGUCGGCUCCUGGAUCACCACCUCGCCUGCCCCGGCGCCGUAAACGCCAGCCGCC